AUGAACAAGGUACUACAACCCUUUUUUGAAAAGUUCAUUGUAGUAUACCUAGAUGAUACUGUGGCUUAUAGCAAGACAUUGGAGGAUCAUGUUGAACACUUGAGGAAGAUCCACAUUGUUGGAGGUGGCGUGAUCAAGAUAGAUAGGGACAAGAUUCAGGCCGUUAAAGAGUGGGAAGCACCAACCAAUGUAACGGAUUUAAGAUCAUUCUUGGGGUUGGCUAAUUACUACCGGAGGCUUGUCAAAGAUUACUCCAAAAUAGCCACACCAUUGAUCGAGUUGUUGAAGAAGACCAAGGUGUGGGAUUGGGGACCGGAGUGUCAGAAAGCCUUUGACGAACUCAAGUUCACAAUAGUGAGUGAGCUGGUCUUUGUGCUUCCAGAUUACACAAGCCCUUUGAGAUUUACACUGAUGAAUUCGAUGUGGCGAUUGGUGAGGUCCUUAUGCAAGAGGAACAUCAGGUUACUUUUGAGAGCUGGAAGCUCAAAGAUGCUGAGUGGAGAUACACGAUGUAUGAGGAGGAGAUUACUGCGGUUGUCCAUUUUCUAUGAGCAUGGCGACAUUAUGUGCUUGGGUCAAAGUUGGUGGUGUACACGCUUAAUGUUGCCAACAGUUACUUCCUGA